AUCUCAAAUCACAUCUCUUUCAACUUUACUUUGUUCAAUCACAAGUAUAAAUCUUGAUUAAUCCACUGAUCAACAUUCAAGAUUUUCCCACCAGCCUACUUAUAUGCUUCUAAUAAGGGAUACACAACACACACAUACCACAUACUUUUUAGCCACAAAACAACAAUGGAAUAUUUCAUUAAAGCUACAAACUUUAUCAUCAUUCUUCUUGUUCUUCUACUUCCAUAUGUAGUUACUUCCUCUCAAGAACAUAAAGAAAAGGACAGCAAAAUGUUAAACGAUCGUCGAUUAUCGUCGCAGAUCGUUAUCCACGCGUUUCUCCUAUGGGCUUCUAUGGGCUUCUUGAUUCCCAUUGGGAUUUUAACCAUCAGAUUGUCGAACCGAGAAGUGCAAGGAAGAAGGCUAAGGAUCAUGUUCUUUAUACAUGCUGUUACUCAGAUCCUGUCAGUGAUUCUUGUAGCAGCAGGAGCAGUACUUUCUGUAAAGAAUUUUAGCAACACUUUCAACAACAUGCAUAGGAGAUUAGGGGUAGUUCUUUAUGGGCUUGUACUGUUGCAAGCAAUUAGCGGGCUUCUACGUCCGUCCAGAGAUGGCAAGAAUCGAAGUACAUGGUUUUUUACACAUUGGAUGCUAGGAACUACGGUUUCACUACUUGGGAUCAUCAACGUGUACACAGGGUUACACGCAUACCAGAAGAGAUCAUCAAGGAGUAUAACGCCUUGGGUUAUUUUUUUCACCGCAGAAAUUGUGUGCAUUGGAUUAUUGUAUCUAUUUCAAGAUAAGUGGGCGUAUAUACAAAAGCAAGGGAUGAUUCGCGGCAGUGAUCAACCUACAAUUACAAUACAACCAACGGAUAACCGAGAGGUUUUAGCCAAACAAAAUAAAGAUUCGUGUUGAUCAGAAUCUUUAGUGAGUGAUUAAACAGAUGAAAGUUGAAACAAUGUGGUUAGUAUUCAUAUCGAAUCAUUCAUAUUUGGUAUGUUCGAUAUUACUUGCAAAACUAUUUGUAAUAUCUCUCAUUUCUUCCCAUUUAAACAUUUGCUAUAAAAGAUUUGUAAGUAA